CAACACUGUGUAAACCUAACCUAAAAUUAAAUUCAACCCAUAAAAUUUAUAGCAUAAAUCUGAAAUCGUUCAAUUUUAACUAAAUAAAUGUCUUUAAAAGCUGCAACUAAAGUUUCAAUGCUUUUGGGACAAUGUGUUCCCUGCUUAAAGCAAAAUACAUCAAAAUUUAAGGUUAAAAGACUAGAAUUGGAUGAAAAUUUACUCAUGUAUUUUAAAAAAGAUGAAUUUGUCUACGCCCACGACCCAGAAAAUAAAUGUAAAACCGGCGAUAUUGUCUUAAUGGAACAGUUGCCACAAAAAAAGACACGUUUAGUAACCCAUGCAGUAAAAGAAGUUAUUUACCCAUUUGGUGAUAUUACCGAUCCACUUACAGGCAAAAAAGUAGUAGCUGGCAAAUAUAGGGACCACAUAGAGGCAGUUACAAAAGUAUAUGGUCAAACUAAGAAUGGAUUUAAAUAUGAUAAAGCACCAUUAAGAGGUUGGCAAGAAAAUAAAAAAGAUUUUACACAUGCUGAUACUUAUAUUAAGUACCAUGAUGAUGGUAAAGACCAACCAUAUGCUGUUUAAGGGUUGGAUGUAAGUAAUUAGGGUAGUGUAAAUAAAUGUUAUAAAAA